CCUGCAGAGGGCGCUCUCGGCCUCGCUGCGGCUCCAGGGCCUGAAGAAGAAAAUUACUUCCGCUCAUCCGUCCUGUCACAGAAAGCUCUUGGAACAGCGAGACAGUCAGGAUGGCAGGUCGUCGUGUUGCCCUGAAGGCCAUUGACUGGGUGGCUUUUGCCGAGCGGAUUCCACCGAACCAGAAGGCCAUGUUCAAUGCACUGAAGACUCGCAGUGAUGCCAUCUCUGCCAAACUAACCUCCCUGCCCGAAACUCCUGCAGCCAUUGACUGGAGUUACUACAGGAGCGCAGUGGCCAAAGCCGGGAUGGUUGAUGAGUUUGAGAAGAAGUUCAAAGCCCUGCAGAUCCCUGAGCCUGUGGACACACAGACAAACUCCAUCAAUGCACAGGAGGCUGAGGCUAACAAAAAUGCAUCAGCCUACAUUGAAGGAUCAAAGGCUCGCAUUACUCAGUAUGAGCAAGAGUUGGAUAAAUUUAAGAACAUGAUCCCCUUCGAUCAGAUGACCAUCGAGGACCUCAAUGACACCUUCCCCGAGACAAAGUUGGACAAGGUCAAACAUCCCUUCUGGCCCCACAAGCCCAUUGCCGAACUGUAAUCCUAUUACUGGACUGUCACCUCACAAUAAAAAAUAUGUAUUUUAAAGUGAAA